CCGCCGCCCCGGGAAAUGGCCACGGAGCCGCCGCGGCGAGCGCCGCCGCCCGCGGCCGGGCGGCCCGAGAGCGGGCGCGGGCGCUGCGCGGGUGGCGGGCGCGGCGAGGCGGAGGAGGAGGCCGCGGCCCAGCCGGCGCUCGGCGCCGCCCCGGGCCCCGCGGCGGCGGCGGGCCGGCGGCGGGGGCUCAACGGCUGCGUCCCGCUGUCGCACCAGGUGGCCGGGCACAUGUACGGCAAGGAUAAAGGCGGUAUAUUGCAGCAUCCAGAUGGGACAGUCUUGAAGCAGUUGCAGCCACCACCCCGAGGUCCUCGGGAGCAGGAGUUCUACAACAAGGUUUAUGACUCUGACUGUUGUGACAGCAUUCUUCUGGAGCUGCGGGAAUAUCUGCCAAAAUACUUCGGUGUCUGGUCACCACCUACUGCACCAAAUGAUAUGUAUCUAAAACUGGAAGAUGUGACCCGUAAGUUUAAGAAGCCUUGUAUAAUGGAUGUAAAAAUAGGUCAGAAAAGUUACGAUCCGUAUGCUUCAGCUGAGAAGAUACAGCAACAGGUCAGCAAGUACCCACUAAUGGAGGAGAUCGGCUUUUUGGUGCUUGGCAUGAGGGUUUACCAUGUCUGUACUGACAGCUAUGAGACCCAAAACCAGCACUAUGGAAGGAGCUUGACAAAGGAAACAGUAAAAGAUGGCGUCUCAAAGUUUUUUCACAACGGGUACUGCCUGAGAAAAGAUGCUGUCGCUGCCAGCAUUCAGAAGAUCGAAAAAAUCCUGGAGUGGUUUGAGGGCCAGGAGCAACUCAACUUCUAUGCCAGCUCGUUGCUGUUUGUUUAUGAAGGUUCAUGUCAGGCAACCACUGUGCGGUUGAGCGAUGUCACUUUGGCAGAGAAGAGAGUAAUGCCCAAAGGACUGUUAUCAGGAGGAGACAUACUGGAGUAUAAUAAUAAUAUUCACGUAAUAAAUUCUACAGAGAAUGGAAAAAUAGAGGCCUCCGUAAGUAAAGGCUUGUCCAAAUUUUAUGCACUUCACAAAAAGGCAUAUUCAAAGCGGCACCACGGUCAGCUCUCACUCAAAGUUGAGAACUUGGAGCAAGGCAACGUGUGGAAAAGCAGCACUUGCAUUACCCAGGAGCAUCUAAAUGGAAAUGUUAUACCCCAACUGGAAAAAGUUUUCUGUCAUGUGCCAGCCGAGAUCAAGGAAAGCGCAAAUGUGGAAGUCCGAAUGAUAGAUUUUGCUCACGUGUUUCCUAGCAACACGAGGGAUGAGGGCUACAUUUAUGGUCUGAAGAAUUUAAUCACAGUACUUCAAAAUAUUUUGGAUAACUAAAUUCUUUGUUAUGGUUUUUACUGGGGGCCAAUGAUAAAGAAGAGCAACAACAUGAAGAAUUUCUGCACUUGUAAUGCUGUAUAACUGGGUUUGUAUUGUUCUACUAUAUUUUAUUUGUCUUUGUACUUUUGGUAGAAGGGUUUAACUUUUUAUAAUCUCACUCAGGAAAAUAAUUGAUAGUUAAUUAAGAAGUGUGAAAGGAUGAAGAUACUUGAGAUUAAGCAGGAUAGGUAAAUUGGUAGGGUGAAAUGUAUAUGGCUGGCUUAAAUCCAAGGAGUACAGUUAUACAAUAAGUAAGGGUAGUGUUAGUUCCCCAUAACUACUUUAGCUUUGAUAAUGUUUGCCCUCUUAGCCUUGACACUGAGCCAUAUCUCCAUUAACAGGCUAUUAGAAAAUGGACUGAAAAGGAGAAAGUGCAGCAUUGAUGUCCUCAGUACUGCCCUCUUGUGUUUACUAUGUUGAAUAACUGGAGUAACCCUACUUUGAGACAAAUCCUGUUUAGCUUCGGUAGUCUAACUUGGGAACCAGCGUAUCCAGAAGUGCUUCUCGAUGUAACAGGGUGAUACUGCUAUUCUUUUAAAACUGGUGGGCGCUUCCCCUCUUUCUGGUUGUCCAUAGCCAACGUCCAUCACAGACAAGCUACAAUGUAAUUUGUGUUGAGGUGCUAAGAAAAUGCUGGACAAAAUUACCAUAACAGGCUUAAACUGCACAAAUGCUAGAGAAACUCUGUAGUUUUCAAGAAAGAGUGUGUUAGGGGGAAUCAAAUACAAGGUAUUUCGGAAGCUAAUUUGGUUUAGGAGUUUAAGUCCAUCAGUUAAUGGGAUGGCUGAUAUUGUGACUAGGAAAAAUGCCUCAAUCCUUCUUUCUGACAGCUCUUGUCCAAAAAUUUACCUUUGGAAAGCAACUUUAAUGAAAAAGUGGAAACAAAGUGUUUUGAAUAAGCAUAUUGAGAUUUCCUUUAGCUGUUUGCUGCUUGUACUCUUGCAACAAAUGUUUCAGUCUUUCACUGCAGGGGAGCACCAACUGGAAGCAAUGAGCAAGAUGGUAAAGGACCCUUUACUGCUAAGGUCCACUUCAGCCCUGGAGCAACCAGAUGUACCUUCAGUUAUUUCAGUGGAGUUGUGGCUCUUUUCCCCAGGGCUAAAAUUGGCACAUUUUUUUUUACUGAUGCAUAGGCAAGCUAUGUAUUUUGAAAAUUGUCCCACCUCCUUAUUUCACUGGCAAAAUUAAGGCUUUCAUUAGGAUAUUUGAGUUUGGGAUGAUGUAUCCAAACCUUUUUUUGGUGUGCCUCUUGUGUAUCCUGUGUAUGUGACAGUCCUAACUUGCGUAUAUAGUCAGCGAUAUGAAAGUCACGACAAAAGUUUUGGCCUGCAAGGGGCAAGACUUUAAUGCUUUUGUUUUAUGCAAGCCUCACAAGUUUAGAAAAUAAAACCAAAAAACUUUGGAAUGGAUUUGGUCAUCGGAAACAUACAUCUUUUAAAUGUGGACUUAAUGUGGCAUUGUGGCCUUGCUGCUCUGUAUGAUCUGCACUAUGCACUCAUUUGUGUAUAUGUCUUUGCAAGUUCUCGAUUUGACAUGUUUUGUAUAUCAGAAAGAGAAACAAACAUGUUUUAAGUGAAGCUGUCUGAAAGUAUAGCUCCAUUUGAGAUCCUAGGUUAAUUGGGAAAAAACAAUAUUAUGUAUACAACUACGUUGUCUAAACUUUAGAGCUAAUAUUGGAUAAUACAUUCAAGAAUCAAAACAAUGUUUGCAAAACAAUAGUUUUUGAAGCAUGGAAAGAGAUGCUUGCAGUAGGGGCAAUAUCUUUUUGUUGAAAAUUUUAUGUGAAUUAUGGUGAAGGGGAAAAUGAGGACUUUUUUCCACCUGGUAUUUCUGUUGCAACCAUACAGUUACAACAUACCCACUAUAUUCCCAGCUGUCUGUGAACUAAUUUAAGCCAUAUUCGAAGAAAAGUUUGUGGUGUUUUUUUUGUUUGCUUUAACCCUGUUUUUUCCUGUUUUUGUUGUUCUAUUCUGUAAGCAGUCAACACUAGUGUAGUCUAGGCCAAUAAAGGCCUUGUAAUUAUAAAUUAACAAUAUUUUAUAGAAAAUACAGAGGAAAACAUUUAUACAUUUGAAUUUUUGUCCUCCGUAAUUCAUCUCUUCUGGAUUUUAAUCCAUUUUUGCUGGGGAAAUGAGAUAUCUGCCUCAAAGAAGUCAGUUUUUGGAAAAUGAUCUGUAUUCUCUUAGUAUAAGCGCAUUCUCCUGUCUCUGCUUUAAGAUAUAAAUGUCUUCAGUGUUUGAAUGCUCUUUAAGUAUUGAUUGUUGUGUUGACUGUGGCAGUGUUUGUAAUGCACCUGGAAUAUUGUUAAAUUGUCAGAAUAUUUUGAAUAAAAAAUAAAAUAAUUUUAUCAGCUUUUUUACCAGUAGUUAUUAUGGAUGUAUUUCUGUUAAUUUAAAAUGUAGCUUGAGAGAUGAUAUUUUUAAUUGGAAGUUGUGUAGUUAAAGCUUGUUGUAGCGGUGUUUUGGCAUAGUACUGACUGAACAGAAGCCUGCAAAGUUGUUAUGUUCACACUGUUCUUGUGCAUCUUUUUAGUGUCUUGUGUUUGAAAAGAUCAGAUUUUGUUAUAGUUGGAGAUGUAUUCACAGAAAUCACUGACCAGAUGACAGAAUUCAGUAGAAAAUGAAAAGGCAGGUGCUGGUUGCUAAGCUUGUGUAGUGUCAUUGAUUCCCUUCAUCUGCCAUUAAUGCUUUUUUUCUUCUCUGUACUCUGUUUGUAGGAAACACUCAGUAGAGGCAACAGGUACUGGGAAAUCUUCAUGCAAAUGGUAGCAAGGCCUAGAGGUAUUUCUGCCCAAUAAAACUAUAAAACAGGUCCCUUCUGCAGGCAGGGAUAACACCUGAUUGCUUUUAUUGAUGAAGCCUGUCUGUCCUAAUUUUGAGCAAUAAGAAUGUGAUUUAGCAAAAUCAAUUGUCAAAAGGGAAGAUUGACGGAAGCAUUGUUUUUAAUGUUAUUCUCUCAGAAUAUAGUUAGUUAUGCUAAAGACUUUCUAACUAGGUAAUUGUGCAAAUUGUGUAUAGGCUUACCUAAUGAGAGUUUGAAUUGUAUAAAGUUUUAUAAAAAGCAUUUACAUAUAUGGUAUUUUUGGAUAUUGGUGGAACUUGCCUAAAUAGCAUUGGAAGUUGUUAUACUGUUCUGAAAUGUUUAAAGUAUUUUAUCCAAAUCACUUUAUGAACUAAAACUGAGACUUUAAUUGUAAUUCACAUGAAACUUGUACUGGUUUCUAUUUUUUCUGCUGUAAUGCAUAGUCAGACUGUGCUUUUUCAUAACUCUAUAGAUUCAUGUAGAACUUUUAAAGUACUCGGUAGAUUAGGAAAUCAGUAUUUCCUUUAUUUUUAAUUAACAGAGUGCAUACAUUACUGACAUACUUAAAUGCACAUUUUUUAAAGUAAUGUUAGUGUAUUAUACAUGUAAAGCUCCACUAAAAGAUUCUUUACCUGCAGAGCGCUCCUGCUGGUUUGAGUCUGGAUUGCAGUAUGUAAAAUUGGCCUCUUUAUGUGCAGCAGCAGUGGCAAAGAAAAGGCAUGGCCUACACUGGUCUGUGAGCAAGUGACUUUUUUUUUUUAACAGGUAAAACUUACAAAUCCUUGUAAUUGUUUUUUCAUUUCAUGAUGUGAAGUAUUAUCAAGUGUAGGAAGACAGUGGAAGACUAGAGGCUCCAUCCACAUCUGCUGUGUGAAGUAAUGAUUUGAGUAGUUGUUCACUUUUUCUUUUUUCAAGUAAGUUUUCCUCCUGAGUGCCUUCCUCAGCCCUUGCUUCGGUACCAGUGGUGACCUCGCAUAAGCAGCAGCUAAGACAUCAUCAUGGAAUGAUUUAAAAGGGGAUUCUGAUAUUCCUAAGAAUUCAUGUUCUAUGACAGCUCUUAAAGUGCAGGUAUUGAGAAACACGGUCAAAAUGUCUCAAAUAACAUGGGAGAUGCAAAUUCCUUUUGCAUUCUUUUUUUACCAUGAAAAAGCAGGAGCUGAAUUUUAGUAUUAAGCCUGUUUUGACUGGAGAUUAGAUCCUAGGUUUUAUGGAACUCGCUUAGGUGUGUUUUAAAGAGAAUAUUUGGGGGGCAAGGUGAGUGAUAGCCAAACCGAGCAUGUAGUUUUCCUUUUCUUUGUGCAAUUAGCAUUGAGGUUAGGUUUAAGAAGGCGGCAUGGCAGGAAACAGUGGAAGUUCAGAAGAAGCACUGAGUAGGACACCUGGUCAGUUCUGCAGUGCAAGUAAUUAUUGCAGAUAAUAUCCACAGGCCUUAAGUUUUCAAAUAUCUUGCAGUUAGGCUAACGCGGUUCAUGCGUAUUCAUUGAGUUAAAAACAGACUGUGGUCAGAUGUUACUUUUACUUUUUAAAGUGUGUUCCACCACAUAUCCACAGGCCAAAUCCUGCAUGUUUGCCAUCGUUCACGGCAAUCUGUAAGGGAAAGCUGUGCAGAACACUGACAUCCAAAGGACGACUGUAACAAUUCCAGCAGUGUUUGAAAGCGGGGUGGGGAGGGGGAAUAAAGGAGAAAAAAGUUAAGCAUUAUAUAGCAGAAAACACACUUCAAGAAAUACUUUUACUGUAACUUUGUUUAGUGGAGAUGAGCCCUGCCUAUUUGGAGUUUGACUUCUGUUGUUUGCUUUAUGAUAUUGGACAGAAGAUGCUUAUGCAGAACAAUGGUAAAUGGGAACAAAAGUACUUUAAAAACACCAUAGCUUGAAGUGUGCACAUUGGUUCAAACAGUUGUUAAAAAACAAAACGAAACUCAAGUGACCUAUGAAUCUCCAAACGUGUAUUGCACCUGACUAUAAAGGAAACUAGAGUGCACAAAGGCACUUUAAUACUCUGGGAACCCUACUGGAAGAUAAAGCAUGUGAAAUUGCACCUAAUGCUGUGUUAAUUGUUUUUAGAAUCUAAAAUUCUGCAUUUAUUAUGCUUGAUGGAUGAAUGUAUCUAGUCUGGUCUCAGUUUCUUUGGUUCAAGUGUCUAAAGCUGUCACUAAGUCUCCUCUAAUUUGUGUGUUUGACUGUAACUUCAUUUGUUUUUUUUGCCAUAAUUGGACUGCAGGGGGUAUUGUUAAUACAUUAUAUGUGUUUAUUUUAUAGAACAUUGUACUAUGCUAUCUACCAACUUUUGUAAAUUAAUUAUAAGUGAUAUUUAGGAUAACUCUAAUAGCUGUAUAUUUGGCAAAUUAUUAAAAUUUUCUGCAAGUGA